CGUGGGCGAGCAAGUUGAGCCGGACGGGGUAGGGAGGGGGCAAGGCAAUCGACGACACGACCGGGUCCCCUUCCCCUUCCCCUCCCCGGUCCGCUGCUCCUGUUUUAUAGCCGCCGCCCUCAAGUUUUCCUCAUCCUCCUCCUCCUUCCUGCCCGAUCCCCAUGCCAGCUCCCCCCGCCAUUCCAGCCGGCGCUCGAUCUACCCAUCCACCCAGCUGCGCUCCAUCCGUUCCCGGGACCAUUUCUUCAGAAUUAUUCUGCUACGCGUGAAUCGCCGCAGAGUUUUACUGAAUCACCAGCAGCAGACCGGAGAUCUCGGCCUGCUGCUCGGCGCCAGGGGCUCCUUCCGCCAUGAGCGCCGCCAGGUCCUCCUUCUUCGCGUCCCACAACGGGAAGAAGAAGCCCGCCGCAUCCGCCGCCCGGAACCCCUUCGACUCCGACUCGGACGACGACGGCGGCAUGGUCCAGCGGCGGGGCCCGGCGCGGGCCUCCUCCGUCCCGACCCCCGCCGCCCCGCCCGCCGCGCCGGUCCCUUCCGACGAGCGGAACUCCCUCUUCGCCGGGAGCGCCGCUCCGGGCCCCGCCUCCUCCUCCUCCUCCUCCUCCUCGUCGGCGGCGGCGGCCAGGAGGCGGUACGGGAGCGACUUCCGGGACUCGGGGGGCGUGGAGGCGCAGUCGGUGCAGGAGCUGGAGGGCUACGCGGCGUACAAGGCCGAGGAGACCACGCGCCGGGUCGACGGCUGCCUCCGGGUCGCCGAGGAGAUGCGGGACACCGCCUCCAAGACCCUCCUCCAGGUGCACCAGCAGGGCCAGCAGAUCCGGCGCACCCACGCCAUGGCCCUCGACAUCGACCAGGAUCUCUCCAGGGGGGAAAAGCUACUAGGGGAUCUUGGGGGUUUGUUUUCCAAGAAGUGGAAGCCAAAGAAGAAUGGCGCAAUCAGGGGCCCUAUGCUGACCAGAGAUGAUUCCUUCAUACGCAAGGGCAGCCAUAUGGAGCAGAGGCAUAAACUAGGGCUGUCAGACCGUCCGCGUCGAUCCAAUGCACGCCAAUUCCUGUCCGAACCCACAUCAGAGCUUGAGAAAGUCGAGGUGGAGAAGGCAAAGCAGGAUGAUGGCCUAUCUGAUCUUAGCGACAUACUGACCGAGUUGAAAGGAAUGGCCAUUGACAUGGGAACUGAGAUUGAGGGGCAAACAAAGGAUCUGGGUCAUGCAGAGAAGGACUUCGACGAACUUAACUACAGGGUCAAGGGGGCGAACACUCGAACCCGUCGUCUGCUUGGGAGAUAGGCGGAAAGCAUAUGUUGUUGUCACCGGAGGAUUCCUGUGACACUCAUUAUCUUCUGCACUUUGCUUCCGUGGGUUGUUAAUUCAGAUCAUUUUGUGCAUAAGACUCUGAUCAGGAUGGUUUGUUGGGGAGGUGACUGGGGAGUUGUAUCAGGGUUUAUUGUGUAUAUGCUAGACCGCGGUUCAUUUUCUAUGUUGCAAUUGUAGCACAAUUUGCCAUGGACAGUAGAUAAGUCUGCAUUCGGUUUUCUUGGUUUGCAAUCUCUAUGCUACAGGAAAGCACAACAUUACACAUCGGUUUAUGGAGUUGCAAAUUCUGGGUGGACUCGGAAUUUGGUAUUAAUUAGUUGACCUGCA